GAAGCGCUUCGAUCCUCAAGUUUGUUUUUGAUGUUGUUUGUGUGAAGUUCGAGGAGAAAAAAUUGGAAAAAAUGAGUGAAGUUGAAGCUGCGAGUGCCGUGAAGGUUGCUGUUCGUAUUCGACCGUGCGAUGAUGACGUGAAUGAUGUGAAACAGAGCGAUCAAGACCCGAAUGUCGUCAUUGUAUCCGAUGAGAGAGCCUUCCAGUUCGACAAAGUUUUUGGCGAGACAUCGACCCAAGAUGCGGUUUACAACGAGAUGUUACGUGAACAGACCGAGCGAUUUGUCAAUGGAUACAAUUGUGCUUCUUUGGCUUACGGUCAAACGGGCACCGGCAAGACAUAUUCGAUGGGAUUCCAAGAGGAGCAUUACGACACCGACCAAUCUGGCAUGGCUCCGCGCGUUUUGGAAGACGUUUUUGCCUUAGCCGAGCAAAAAUACGGCGAAAAUGGGUGGAGAGUGUGCGUUUCCUUCAUCGAGAUUUACAACGAAAAAGUUUUCGACUUGUUUAGCGAAAAUCCGGCGGUCGCCUUGAAAAGUCUCCAUUACAAACCGAAAGAUUUCGAGAAAGUUGAGGUCGCAAGUGUCGAGGAAACGAUCCAAUUGUUGACUUUAGCCAAUGGAUCGCGUCAUACACGUUCCACACCCCUAAAUGCGAACAGUUCGCGGUCUCAUGCGAUUUUUACUGUUCGAAUUUCGGUCACAAAAGGCGCGACAACGACAGAUUCCGCCUUUCAUUUGGUCGAUUUGGCCGGAUCUGAGGGCGUAAAACGCACAGGACAUCAGGGAAUUGCUUUGUCGGAAGGAAAUCACAUCAACAAAGGACUGCUGGCAGUCAGUAAAGUCCUCCAAGCAAUGGCGAGCAACAACAAAGUGGUCCCCUAUCGUGAUUCCGUGUUGACACAAGUGCUCCAAGACGCUUUGAUACUAAAUUCGUACAUUACGUUGCUGGCAUGCAUCAGUCCGGCCGAAAGUAACGUCAGCGAAACGUUGUCAACUUUAAGAUUUGCUCACAAUAUUAAACAAUUGAAGACUACGCCGCAAAUCAACCAAAUCGUGAACGAGCUGAAGAAGGGAAAAACUCCCAGCAAGUACGGCGCGCCAUUACGAAGCAUCCAAAAUAACAGAUUUAUGACGCCAGGCAAACGUGCGCUGUCAAUGGCAACUCCUGGCGGCAUUUCGACUAUCAAAAAGCAACUCCGCAACACAAUUUGCACUCCGACGAAGCGUCAACGCAUCGAUUUCGAGAAUUUUAAUUCGACAGCAAUUGUGGAGAUUCCCGAAGCUCCCGUCGCUUCCGUUCAAGAGUUCUUUCAUCCCGACAACUUUCGUGAUGCGAUCGGCUCCGAUCCACGUGCAUCCGUUUCGAGCAUGGUUUCGGGCAUAAAUAUUUCAAAUUCGACCGAAAUCGAUCGUGCUCCGUCGAUUAACAAUUCUUGCACGAACGUAGUUGCCGCAGAGACGCCAGUUCAGCAAAAAAUCCCGUCAUUUAGUCCUUUGAUGCGUCGCAUGACCGAUUUGGAAGCUGCUGUCACCAAUAAAUUCGAGAAAAUUCAAGAGACAAUGGUGCAAAAUCAGUCUGUGUAUGCAGCGACAUCGACUCCGCGUCAAAGUGUCAAUCACGAGGACAUCACGGAAGUCAUUCGCAAGGAAAUUCAGACGAUUUUGCGGCAAGAAUUGUUCAGUUUUGCCACAAAUUUACCGAAUAUGACACAAAAUGCCACCCAAAAUCCCUUGGAUUCGAUUUCGAUCCCCGAUGAGCCACUUACUCCACGUCGAGUUUUCAGACCGAACGCUGCCCCAGCUCCAGCUGCUCAACAAAUCGUUCAUUUGGACGAAACAAACGCAGAAAAUGGAUUUAUUGCACCGUCAGAUGUUACUCGUCGUGCCUCCCGUCGCCGUACCAAUGUUCCCAGUGACGUUCCUUUACGCCGCAGCGCCCGUUUGUCAUCCGUUCCGCGUCCUGCAAUGCUUGCGCCGCCAUCGCCACCGAAGCAACGUAAUCGCAGUCUUUCGCGUCGUCGUGAAGUUGCGCCCACCAAAAAUAAGCAAAUUGCGAGUUAUUUCAAAAGUCGCGAGUCAAUUGACCCGAAAGUGGCAAAGAGUAAACACAUUGCCGCAGUUUUUGAACUCAUGAAUACGGGAAGCAUCAAAGAGUUGCAAGUGUUACCGAAAAUUGGGCACAAAACUGCGUAUCAAAUUGUGACAACGAGAAUCAUGAAGGGACGUUACAAGACCCUGAAAGACAUUGGCAAGUUACCGAUUUGGCGUGGCAAGCAGUGGGAAGCCUUUUUGGAAGCAAAUCAUCUUAAAUAGAACUUUUUUAUUUUGACUAUUUAGAUUUUUAAGAUUUUAUUUGACUUUUUUUAGUACUUUAAGUUUAUUUUGGAAUGUAAUUUGUAAAAGAAAAUGUCUUCAAAGGUCUCGUUUGGAGCUGCAAUUAUGUAUACCUAUCUAAAUAUUAAUAAAUAUGAUGAGAGAUCUCUAUUA